CUAUACAUAAUGCCAGAGAAAACAAGAUACAAUUUGGUGGAUGAUGUGAACGACCUCAGGAUUCCGAUGCACGACGAGGACGCAUUCAAACAUGGGGUUAUGUUUGAAGUGAAGUACAUUGGCAGCCUGGAUAUUGUGCGACCCAAUAACAGGAUGGACAUACUGGCAGCCAUGAGGAGAAUAAGAUACGAAUUUAAAGCAAAGAACAUUAAAAAGAAGAAAGUCAGUCUCAUGGUGGCUGUGGAUGGAGUCAAGGUCGUGUUGCAGGCAAAGAAAAAGGUCAAAGAGAAGUCACCUGAUGACUGUUACCAGAUCACUCUUAUCCAGGAUCCUAUAUACAGGAUUUUUUAUGUGUCCCACGACUCUCAAGAUCUGAAAAUCUUCAGCUAUAUUGCACGAGAUGGCCAGAGCAAAGUGUUCCGUUGUAACGUCUUUAAGUGUAAGAGAAAGAGCCAAGCCAUGGAGAUUGUGCGGACCAUGGGACAGGCGUUUGAAGUUUGCCACAAGCUAAGUCUUGAUGACACUGAAGGACAGGACAUAUUAGCUUGGAUGGGCAAAGGAGAAGAGGAGAGAGUCCCUGUGUCCACCAGCUCAUCAGAGGGUAUUAGCAACAGUCUGAAGAACCCAAAGAAAGACAAGAAGACGGAGCAACAGUGGAGUAGCCAGGUGGCGGAGGACUCGGCCUUGUCAGUGGAGCACCACAUCCGCCUGCUGCAGAGGCAACUACAGCAGCAGGAGCAGAAGACCCAGGCAGCCACCUCCCAGAUGGUCCUGCUGCAGCAGCAGGUGCAGGUGGAGGUGGCGGCGCGGGCGGAGGCCCAGAACCGCGUGCAGCAGCUGCUGCUCCAGAACGGGGAGCUGCUCCAGCACCUCUCCCUGCUCGUCAAGCACAUCCAGGAGCUGGAGCUGCGCACCGCCAUACACUCCCCCCUGGGCUCCCAGGACAGCCUUCUUGAGAUCGCGCUGCGUCCCAACAUGCCCUCUGCGCCCCGCAGUGCUGUAGCGGCGCCGUACUCCUCUCCCUUCUCACCGGGACGCCUGCUGGACAUGCAGGCCUGUAACAUCCAGCUGGAGCACUUCCGUUUCCGACGCCCAGGCCCAACACGUGAUGACCCAAAGCCAGGCAGGGACGAGGACCAGGACCAGGACCCAGACCAGGACCACGACUCUGGCCAGGGGGAUGUGGAAGAAGUGUCCCCAGCAGAGAGCUCCCCUCGGGGGGAAGAGUUCCUCUUCUCUGGGCUGGGGGUGCCAGCAGGCUUCAGGGAGUCGGGCAUAGCCUCGGAGGAGUACGAGUCCAACACGGACGAGAGUGAUGAGAGGGACAGCUGGGGCCGGGGCGAGGGUUCGGUGCUCCUGCUGAGCGAUCUGAGGGCAGAGGCGACAUUAGGAAGAGGGAAGGGGGAGGUGUAA